CGGUCAGUCGCGGCCAAGCCGCGCCGCACGAGGAGUAUCGAGUUGACGUUUCCUUUCAUCGACACAUCGUUUGUAAACGUUUGUCGUUCACGACGUCGCAUAAUUGUCGCUUUUUUUCUCCCUUUAUCGAGAUGGGACUUUCAUCUACAAAAUGGGAACGUCAUGAAAUCUUCUCAUCAGCGUCCGCUGUCUGUCAUCGCUGAAGCGGUUCUCCAAAGAGAAUGAUCGCCGGUCCCGCGACAGUUCGUCGCUUCUGAUUUAUCGGAGACGCCAAGGACGCACUCGGUAAACACGCGGAAAGACAAUCGUCUUUCCACCUUAGCAGGUGGAAGACGCGAAAGAAACGGAACGAAUCGGGAGGAAAGUUAACCAUUGAGGCUGCGUCAGGCGACAGGUUUGUUGAAAUCAUGGCGAGCCUGGCAAGCAGCUCUUCAUCGGGCCUCACCAGAGCCCCGACGAUGUUGGAGCAAUUACUCGAAGAGAUCAAUUUCCAGAGAACGAAGGAGCUCCGGCAGAUGCUUAAAGAUGAUUCCGGAUUUGUCGUGCUGCAAGGCACAACAUACUGGACAGACUUGUUCGUGCGACACUUCCUCUUUCAAGCGGAGCACACUAUCGACGGUGACGAUCUGCUCUUCUUUGUUCGCAAGAAACACGUAAAGACUUCGUCGAGGUACCUGCCCAAGUUCGAGACCGAGGUCGACGUGUUCCGCAAAGACAGCAAGAAACUGCCAAUCGGUGAUCCUGAUAUCGAUUGGGAGGAAACCGUGUACCUGAACCUCGUCGUGCACCAAUUUGACUAUACACUCACCUUAGCAAUUUGCACAAGAACGAGUCCCAAGGAAUUGCAAGUACUGCGGAGACAUUCUCAAAAGGUAUACGCAAGUCCGAGUCGACGACGAAUGGACGCAAAGGGAGACCUCGAGGAAAUGACGUAUCCGCACAUAUGCUUCAUGGUGGACAAUUUCGACGAAGUUUUCUGUGAUAUUUUAGUGAGAGACGGAGAAAUGGUGUGCGUGGAGCUGGUUGCAUCCGAUCGAGAGGGCGCAAUUCAAGGCGUCAUUUUUCUCGGCUCGAUCAGAUAUGACGCUUUAAAAAAAGUUUACGAUGCGAGAUCGAGUCUGAGUACCAAAAUGGCGCAACGGAUGACGUUCGGCCUCUUUUCCGGCGCAGCUUCGCAAAGAAUAGAAUUCGUGCGAAUGAAAGGACCACGUGGCAAAGGGCACGCGGAAAUGGCCGUGACAAAACCAAAGGGCUCGGGCGCGGAAACACCGACGUCAGAGCCGGGUUAUUGCGCGACCGAUGCCUUGUGGGACGCCGACUGGGACGACGCCGAGGAACUCUUUAUGUAUCGCCAUCAACGAAGGUUGUCCGACCCCAGCGCGAAUCUAAAUAAUUUCGUACGCGGUGGAUGGAGAACGAAACCCGACACGGCGGCCACGAAAGCGAGAUCAGAGAACGAAGGUCUCGAUUCCAUGGCGAACGGUCUCAGCGAGAUCGAAGCCGGUGAUGUUCGAGAUGAGUUAGACGACGGAGCGUACAAUCCGCUCUGGACUAUGCGAGGAUUCACUCAAACCUUUCACUUCUGGAAAGAAACGAGACGAGCGCAAUCCGUACCUUUAAACGCCUUUUUGACGUACAUCACGUUACCAUGGUGGAGUAUAGCUAAAGAUAUUCUGGAUCAUCGGGAAGGACCUAUCUUAACGUUCUAGCCAACAGUCUAAAUUAUAUAUUCUCUAUUUAAUAAUUUCAAAACUUUUCUUUUUUUACUUUGUACGUACGUCGACGUAAGAAUGUGGCCCAAGGAAUAACAUAACGUGUAUAG